AUGUCCAACUACACAUCUCGCCAAUCCCUGGCUCCCAAUUCCUCGCGCAACCACAGCUCCCACGGCAGCAAUCCCUCCAUCAACCAAACCUCGCGACUGUCCACUCUGCCCGUCCAAGCUUCCAAGCAACGCCAACUCUCGCACCUGAACUCUCAGCUCGCACAGCUCACAGCACACAUGGCCGAUCUCGAAAACCUGUUGCGCAUGACGGCAGUCCAAGCAGAGGGAAUGCGAGGUUUAGGUGGUUAUGCUGGCGGCAUGUUUAUGGCUGCGAGCAAAGUGUUGGGCGAAGAGGCUGUUAAGAAUGAGGCCAAGGAUGAGAGGCAGGGGAGAUGA